GUUCCCCAUUAGCGAGUCCUCGGAACUCUGGUUAGCGCAGUCUGUGCCGCAGUGGGCGGCAUGAAGACUUAUCGCUGACCGUGUAGGUGUAAACCAAUGUCAUGUCGAAUAACCAACGUCCAACUUGAUGCUAACUUCACCGAGGUUCUCAGAGGUAGUGCUUAGCCACAUGGCAGCUGUGUAGCCCCUGUUAAAAUGUUUCCUUAGUAAAUAACAUGCGAAGCACAAAAUGCGAUGCUAUCUACACGCAUUUCUCCUGUGCGUGGUCUUCACCUUCCUCACGUUCCUGUACGUGUUCAGUCAGCUAGCCUCCACCUUGGAGGACAGGGAGCAACGGAGGGUAAGAGAUGAUGCCAUACCCGACAGUAGCCACCACUUUAGCAGGAAAACCCCUGGGCUUUCGGGCCUCCGAGACCGAGAAGGUGGACCAGACAGGUGUAAGUCACUGUCCGUUUCUUACUGGAAACCAUAUUAUUGGAGACUGCCUGCUGAUGUUUGUGGAGUGAACUGCUUAUUGGAAUCAUCUCUCAGUGAGAGGACAGCCUCUGUUGUCAAAGGUCAUGAGAGAAGUCACCUGGCUGUGGUGGCCUGCGGGCCCAGGCUGGAGGAGACUCUCACCAUGUUGAAGUCCGCUUUACUCUUCAGCAAAAAGCCUCUGCACUUCUACGUCUUUGCUGAGGAUGAGCUUCAUGACAGCUUCAGAAGUGCAUUGGAGGUGUGGCUAAAGACGUUCCGACUCAAGUUCACCUUCGCCAUCUAUCCAAUCACGUUUCCUAAGGAGAAUGCUGUGGAGUGGAAAAGACUCUUUAAACCUUGUGCCUCCCAGCGGCUCUUCCUCCCACUCAUCCUAAAGGAAGUGGACUCUUUGCUCUAUGUGGACACAGACAUUAUCUUUUUGCAGCCAGUUGAGGACAUCUGGGCGCUGCUGUUUCAGUUUAACUCCAGCCACUUGGCUGCCAUGGCGCCGGAGCAUGAGGAGCCCCGGAUUGGCUGGUACAACCGUUUUGCACGUCACCCUUACCACGGCAAUACGGGCAUCAACUCUGGCGUCAUGCUCAUGAACCUGACACGCUUCAGGGAAAAAUUCUUCAAGAAUGACAUGGCGGCCGUGCCGUUGAAAUGGGAGGAAAUUCUGAUGCCUCUUCUCCAAAAGUACAAACUCAACAUCACCUGGGGUGACCAGGAUCUUCUUAAUAUCAUAUUUCACCAUAAUCCAGAAAGCCUUUAUGUGUUCUCCUGCCAGUGGAACUACCGUCCAGACCAUUGCAUCUAUGGCAGCAAUUGUCAGCAGGCUGAACAAGAAGGUGUCUUUAUUCUCCAUGGUAACAGAGGAGUUUAUCACAAUGAUAAGCAGCCUGCUUUUCGAGCUGUCUACGAGGCCAUCAAAGAGUUUCCGUUUGGUGAGAACAUGGAGACCUCCCUGCUUCAUCCUCUGGAGGCCUCGUUGCAGACGACCACACACACCUACUGCGGCAGAGCUGGCCACCUGUUUACCAAGAGGUUAAAACAAAGCAUCAAGUCUGUUCAGCAGCAAGAUAAGCUUCCAUAAAUGGUGCCUAAUGUUUGUUGUUGACUUUGUGCUACUCCUGUGGAGACAACAAACUGGAUACAUGGAGGAAAAAAAUCUAUAGAAUGUUUGUUUUUAUAUACAAAUAAUUCAUAAACAGUUUUCCACUUUUUAUCCUGCAGAGAUUUUCGAUUUGUUUGUGACAAGGAAGACACACUCCUGUCUUAUUGACAAUCAGCUUCUAUUUACACCGUUUUUUGAGAAAAAAAUCACUUUUGGAUCGAUUCAGGUUGAGAUGAAAACAUUAUGGGGUAUUUUUUAAAGAGCUUUAAUAUAAUUUUGUACGCAUUUCAUUUUCAGGUACUCUUUAGUGCAUUCUUGUUGAAUAAGAAGAGGUGGCGAGGUUUUUAAUGUGAUCAGUGUUUGUUUUUAGUCAUCUGGGAUGUCUUUCUGAAGACUUUAAUUUGUUUUUUUUUAUUUUUAUUUCAGCAUACUCCGGUUUGCAUCUUUUAUUACACAUUGUAAUGUGAGUCUUAUGUUUAAAACUGUAGACGGUGAAAUGGUGCAUGACCACAGCCAGCAUCAUAAUGCCUUGUUUUUGUCUUGGUGCUAAAUCAUCGCACAGCCGAUAAAAGAAAUUGUAGGCAGAUUUUAUUUUCUCUAAAACUGGGGGAAAAAAGUUGAAUUUAUGGUAAAACAUUAGAAUAUUUAAUAUAAAACAUUUCAUAUUCAUUCUAUGUCAUGGAAUAAAAAAAAUAAAGAUAUAUUUUAUUAAAAUUUGACUAAAACUAAUGGGUGUGACAUUUAAAGUGCUUAUUUCAACUUGUGAAGGUGUCGCGAAAUCAAUGUUUACUGUGUUUGUCCUCAGGCUAAUAAAUUAUGGGGAAAAAAAUGCUUCUUUUGCCUGAACUUCAAAUCUUCAAAUCUGUGUCAAUUUGUCAA